UUAGCAAAUGGCUAGAUGCCUAUGUUUGGGGGGUUUUACUUUGUGGUUCACUUGUGCUACUGCUUCUGUUGCAGACUGUCAGUGGGUUCCAGGCCAGUGGUUGGUGGUGUCAAGUCACGAAUUGGAGAUCAGUUUGCGAACCUGAACACGAGCUGGCCCGUCACCGGCUUCCAACGGACGUUUGAUGCACGGCAGAAGAUCGGCAUCACAGACGCUCGACAGCGGUUAACCAUGCGAGAUGCUCGCGAACGCCUGGGACAGAAGGACGUGCGCUCCAAAAUAACAGCGAGUGCUUCAAAGGUUCUUGAUGCGCGUGAAAUGAUCAACUCGAGGAAGGGCCAGGAUGGAAACGAGAAAGGGCCGAUGGUGAAAAAGGUGUUGGAUGCCCGGGAACGCCUAAGUGCCAGGAGAAGUGCUCCCGCAGUCUCUACUGCUUCAACAGAAGGAACAGUCAGCACCGGAGGCAGGAUAACUAAAACAUUCCAAGUACCACAGAAAAGACCUGUCACUGCAAUGCUGUCUCAGCCCUUGGGGAUGCGAAUUAAUGUGGUGAAUGACCAGAGUCCUGACCAGAGUCUUGAGGAUGAGGAUGUGGAAGAUGAAGAAGAGGAUUUCCUGCAUUCGAUACCUGCAACAAACAAACCCACAAAAAUCAACACUGUGACAAACCACCUUACUCAGAAGAGGCCUGGUUUCACUGCCUCGCAGCUGUCUCUGGGGAAGCCUGUGCCUCUGACAAAAGUUGUCCAGAAUGACUCGUAUACUGCUCCUCCUCCACCUCCUCUCACCCUCACACGUUGCAGAUCGCCAGCCAACACAUCAAGAACGGCAGCACUGACGGCGGAGCAGGACCCAGCUGGUGAUGUGUUGCCUCUGGAGCUGAACCUGAGCCCAUUAGAGGGAACAAAAAUGACAGUCAAUAAUCUACAUCCCCGAGUGACUGAAGAGGACAUUGUGGUGAGUGACUCCGUCCAUUUGUAGAGUGGUGAGGGCCCU